CCGGGAGUGCGAAGCGAUGGCCGCGGGCGGCCCCAACGCGGAGGAGCGCGGCUACUGCCGCUUCCUGGAGCUCUUCUUGGUCGAGUUCCGAGGACCUUUCGGAGCGGAGCCGCCGCCUCCCUCCUCGGACGCCGCCUCGCCGUCCUCAGCCGGCGGCGGGGCAGAAGGCGAAGCCGGGCGCGCGGGGGAAGCGGCCGCCGCUGAGGAAGAGGAGGCGGCGGAGAUUGUGAGGGAAGAGGAAGAAGAAGCGGAGACGUCGCCGGCCGAGGAGCAGCCGCCGCCGCCGCCUGAGGAGGAGGAGGAGGUGGAAGCGGUGGAGGAAGGAGCUGGAGGCGAAGAAGAUGCCGCCGCCGCCGCCCCUGAGGAGGAGGAGGCGGGAGACGAAGCGAGCGCCGCCGCCGCCGCCGCCGAGGAAGCCCUGCCGGAGCAGGCGCCGCCGGGGCCGCCCCCUCAGCCCUCGCCGCCGCCGCCGCCUCUCCACCGGGCGGCCUCCCCGCCGCCUCUGCCCUCGCUGCCCCGGCCGCUGUCGGAACACAUCACGGAGGAGGAGGUGGAGGGCGAGUGCCUGGACCUCUGCCUCCAGCAGCUCUACAAGUAUAAUUGCCCUUCGCUUUUGGCGGCAGCUUUAGCUCGUGCAACAGCAGAUGAAGUGCUUCAGAGUGAUCUCUCCGCACACUACUUACCCAAGCAUGAGGAUAGCCCAGAUGGGAUCAUUCAAGUGGAAACAAUGAAGUUGGCCCGCACAGUGUUCAGCAAGCUCCAUGAUGUCUGCAGCAGCUGGGUGAAGGACUUUCCCCUACCAAGGAAACCUCAUCGUUAUUAUGAAACGUCCAUUCACGCCAUUAAAAACAUGCGUCGCAAGAUGGAGGACAAACAUGUCUGCAUCCCUGACUUCAACACACUUUUCAACCUUGAGGAUCAAGAGGAGCAGGCCUAUUUUGCAGUAUUUGAUGGCCACGGAGGGGUGGAUGCCGCCAUCUAUGCUUCCAUCCACCUACAUGUAAAUCUGGUGCACCAGGAAAUGUUCCAGCGUGACCCCGCAGAGGCACUGUGCAAGGCUUUCCGAGUGACAGACGAGCGCUUUGUGCAGAAGGCAGCCAGAGAGAGCCUACGGUGUGGAACCACUGGUGUAGUGACGUUCAUCCGAGGGAACAUGUUGUAUGUAGCAUGGCUGGGUGACUCCCAAGUGAUGCUUGUGAGAAAGGGUCAGGCUGUGGAACUGAUGAAGCCACACAAGCCAGAUCGAGAGGAUGAGAAGAAACGCAUUGAGGCCCUUGGAGGCUGCGUGGUCUGGUUCGGGGCUUGGCGAGUCAAUGGGAGUCUGUCUGUCUCCAGAGCUAUUGGUGAUGCAGAACAUAAGCCAUAUAUCUGUGGGGAAGCAGAUUCUACUUCCGUGGUUCUGGACGGAUCUGAAGACUACCUCAUUCUAGCCUGUGAUGGUUUCUAUGACACCAUGAACCCGGACGAAGCAGUGAAGGUGGUGGCUGACCACCUGAAGGAGAACAAUGGUGACAGCAGCAUGGUGGCACAUAAGUUGGUGGCUUCAGCUCGAGACGCUGGCUCCAGCGACAAUAUCACUGUCAUCGUGGUUUUUCUCAGGGACAUGAGCACAGCAGUAAGUGUUAGCGAGGAGUCAGAAUGGACAGAAAACUCGUUCCAAGGUGGGCAGGAGGAUAAUGGCGACGACAAAGAAAACCAUGGCGACUGCAAGAGGCAGUGGCCUCAGCACCAGGUCUCGGCCCCUGCAGACCUAGGGUAUGAUGGGAGAGUGGAUUCUUUCACGGACAGAACGACCUUGAGUACAGGUUCCAGAAUUGACUUGUUGGAAGACCAAGGGUAUAUAGACUUGAGGAAAACAGAAGCUAGCAAACUUCAGAGUGCCAAACGCCUGUCCCCAGAUCAAGAGUUUAAUGCUGGUGUACCAAAGAGAGCAACCUUGGCUAAUGGUUUAUCAGCAGAGAACGAGACGCUGCCUGAUGCUGCACCUCCUACAAGUGGACCCAGCAGUCUCCCGGGGCAGAUCUCUUUCCUUAGUUUUGGGUCUACGAGCCCACUCGAGUACAACAUGGUGAGCGAGACUCCCAUCUGUGUGAGGCUGGAGGGUGAGCAGUUCAAAUCUUGGGCCGGAAGAGCCUCCAUUUUCUCUCAUUUCCGCCUCUGUGACACCAAGCGGUGGCAGCGUCUAGCCAGACUCAAGCCAAAGCUCCACACGCUUCUCUUUGAGCACAGGCCACUUUCCCCCCAGGAGUGCUUUGCUUUGCACUCACCUAGCAGUGUGAAUGGCCGCAGAAAUAAGUCACUAAGGAGCCGUUUCUGGCAAGGCUUCUCUAGCUGUUACCAGAGUCACGAUGAGGGGCUUCUCCUGAGCUACUGUAUACCAGAUCCUGGGCUUCUCUGGAGCUGUAAAAAAUAACGUGUUCCUUUGUGUUCCCGUCCUCUUUAAAUAGUUAGGUUAGACAUUCACAGAAUGAGAAUUUAAAAGAAAAGAGUGGGCGCUUCAGAAUUAUUGUUGUGGAAUGCUCCACUCAUGUAAAUAGAUCUAGGAUUAAAAGUGUUUCCAUCUCAAAAAAUAGCAGCUGGCGUGCCAGUCUCUCUCUC